UUCUUCUUGGAGCGGAAAUUGACCUUUCCUGCUCCGGAAGUGCAACCCUGGGUCUUCCAGGUGUGGAUUCCGCCUGUCACCAAGAUGCCGGGAGCCGCGGCGAAGGGCUCGGAGUUGUCCGAGAGGAUCGAGAGCUUUGUGGAGACCCUAAAGCGGGGUGGUGGGCAGCGCAGCUCGGAGCACAUGGCUCGGGAGACCCUGGGGCUGCUGCGCCGGAUCAUCACGGACCACCGCUGGAGUAACGCAGGGGAGCUGAUGGAGUUGAUCCGCAGAGAGGGCCGGAGGAUGACGGCCGCGCAGCCCUCGGAGACCACGGUGGGCAACAUGGUGCGGAGAGUGCUCAAGAUCAUCCGGGAGGAGUAUGGCAGACUGCACGGACGCAGUGACGAGAGCGAUCAGCAGGAGUCCCUGCACAAACUCUUGACAUCCGGAGGCCUGAGCGAGGAUUUCAGCGUCCAUUAUGACCAACUUCAGUCCAACAUAAUUGAGGCGAUUAAUGAGCUGCUCGUGGAGCUGGAGGGCACCACGGAGAACAUUGCAGCCCAGGCUCUGGAGCACAUCCAUUCCAAUGAGGUGAUUAUGACCAUUGGCUUCUCCAGAACAGUGGAGGCCUUCCUCAAAGAGGCUGCCCGAAAGAGGAAAUUCCAUGUCAUUGUGGCAGAGUGUGCUCCUUUCUGCCAGGGUCAUGAAAUGGCUGUCAAUUUGUCCAAAGCAGGUAUUGAGACUACUGUCAUGACUGAUGCUGCUAUUUUUGCUGUUAUGUCAAGAGUCAACAAGGUGAUCAUUGGCACAAAAACCAUCCUGGCUAAUGGUGCGCUGCGAGCUGUGGCAGGAACCCAUACUUUGGCACUGGCAGCAAAGCACCAUUUCACACCACUCAUCGUCUGUGCACCCAUGUUCAAGCUUUCCCCACAGUUCCCCAAUGAAGAAGAUUCAUUUCACAAGUUUGUAGCUCCUGAAGAAGUCCUGCCUUUCACAGAAGCUCCACCUCUUUGCUAUCUCACUAUUGAUGAGCAAGUCUGCCAAAAAAGGGCUGGGGAUGUGGCUCAAGCGGUAGCGCGCUCGCCUGGCAUGCGUGCGGCCCAGGUUCGAUCCUCAAGCACCACAUACCAACAAAGAUGUUGUGCCCGCCGAGAACUAAAAAAUAAAUAUUAAAAAAAAUUUUCUCUCUCUCUUUCUCUCUCUCUCUUUAAAAAAAAAAUAGGGUGAAAAUAGGCAUGAAAUAUGGUGGCAAACACAUGCCCAUGAGUUCUCUCUGUGAGCCUGCAUUGGUUAAGUGUUUGAUGAGAUGGGUGGCACUUCAGGUGGAAAGCAGGCAGUGAGAAUAUGGUUCUUUGUGCCAGAAACUGCUCUUCCUCUAUUCAGUGAGUUGAGCAGGCCAGCACUGGAAGUUUUGUUGCACUGUUCUGGACUCUCUAGGGGAUGCCCAACCACAUCUGCUCUUCUUGGUUUGGCUUCCUCAACUGGCAUAUAUCUCUAGAACUUGAACUUGGGCUCCCUUUUUGUUUGCCUUGGUUUUAUCAAGUGAUGUCCACUUGCUAGAGCCUCUCCACUCUUGCUGCUCCUUGAGCUCCAGACCUGAGCUCAGUUCUAUCCUUGCCUGAUCCCUCCCAUUCUCCACAUUCUAGCCUCCUUUAAAGGGUUCUGAUACUAGCUCCUGUAGCCAGCUACAGUCUUCUGUCCCAAUAACAAAGAGCUAGCUGUGAUACCUAAAUCUGGAGGAAGUCACCAUAUUUCAUCCUGAGUUUCCUUCUAUCUCUCUGACUAAAGCUAAGAUUCUUGAAGGCAGAGACAGCCACAUGCACCUUUAUUUCUCAAUAAAUUUUGAUGAACAUUACCGAAAAAGGAACUUUCAAUAAUGGCCACAUUUCACACCUCUUCUCUCAAGUUUUACUCUGAAGUUACUAAUGCCUCUACCAACCAGAAUAUAAUCUAAAGUCAAACCACUAAGUCAACAAAUUAAUGAAUUCUUUUUUUUUAAAUUUUUAGUUGUAGAUGGGCACGAUACCUUUAUUUUAUUUACCUAUUUUUA